CGUCUAGACAAAUAAAUUGCUUCUUCUAUUCUACAAUUUCCUUAAUGACAUUGAACACUAUCUUAUUUGUGAUAAGUAUUUCAUAUUUGAGCAGCUAUUACCUCCAGUUGCAUGAAGUAACAAGUCACAUUACUGUCCGUUUCUAGACAUUAGUUUGGAACUAAUACGUGAAUUACACACGAGUGUUUAAUUUGUUAUUUCUUUCUUCAAUCUGUACAGAUUGAAAACAUGGACAACUACGAGGCAACAACGAGGAUAAUAAUCAUAUUGAAUCACAUAGCAAUGCUCCGUAACUUCAUAGAUCCAAGAAAGAACCUAUUCAAAUUUUUAUGCAGCUGGAUAUGGAUUAUAUCAUUGAUUUUUACGAUCGUUGUCUGUGAAUUUUGUAUUGAGUUUUAUCUUAUAACUAUAUUAAUGCCACGCAACAUAGAAUCUCUUACGUACAUAUUCCUAUUUGCUGUCCAUGUAUUCGGGUAUAUAAUUGUAGCAAUCAUUGGUUUGUACCAAUCCAAGAAUGCAUUGGCGUUGGUGAAACAGAUUAACCAAGUGGACGAAAAUUUAAGGAAUAUGGGAAUUAAGAUCGAUUAUCAUAAUUUGUUUCGUCAUGUGAAGAUCAUCGGAUGUUUCUGGCUACUGGACGCAACCAUAAUAUGUGGAAUUUUUUUGAAACGGAUAUUAAGAAACCUAUCAAUUAUAUCAAUAAUGGUUAUCGGCAGCUACAUUUUCGUUACAAAUGCCAAUUCAAUUAUUCUAUAUGAUUACAACGUAGCCGUAUAUUGGCUAGGAUCGCGAUUUGAAAUGAUAAACGAGCUUCUCAAAACGUUCCUUUCGGAGGACGAUCAACUAAACAGCGAGGAAUCCAGCGAAGAAGUUGUAUUCAAACCAAGUAAUAAUUUCCGAAACCGACUGCAAAUUGACAAUUGCUCGUCCAGUCGUUCUCUAGAAGUUUCGACAUCAUCCACGAACGACACCUCGAGUUCUAAAAAAGAAUUAACAAUCAACGAAAAAAUCCAUUUGUUUCAACGAAUCAGAAUCCUGCAUCUGCAAGUCUGCAACGUUUCAAAAAUGGUGAAUCACAUAUUCAACGCCCAAAUAUUGAUAUACACGAUCACGUCGUUGAUAGUCUUUGAUAUAUCAGUCUACUGCUUGUAUAUGGGUAUGCGCAGAGGUACCUUUCCGGACAUAUGUUUAAUACUAAUAUUCGUAAUGGGCAAUAUAUUUCGAAUCUUGAAAAUCGCUCUAAUAAGCUAUGACUGCGAAUAUACAAUGAAACAGGCGGACAAGACGAUAAGCCUAGUCCACUCAUGUCCUCUGUAUCGAGAGAGCGCGGAAUUAAAAAACGAGAACGUAUCGAUGUUGAUAAAGCAGAUUGACGAAGUGGACGAAAAUUUGAGGAGUUUGGGAGUUAAGAUCGAUUAUCACAAUUUAUUUCAUCGUGUGAUAAUCGUCGGAUUCUUUUGGAUAUUAAACGCUACCAUAAUAUACGCAAUUUUGCUUCACUGGAUAGUUCAUAAAACUCCAAACGUAGACGCGACAUUAACAAUUAUUUAUUACAUUUACGUUUCGAAUGUCCACUCAGUUAUUUUAUACGAAUACAACGCAACCAUAUUUUGGCUUGGAUCGCGAUUUAAAAUGAUAAACCAGCUCCUAAAAACGUUGCCCUCGGAGGACAAUGAAGGUAACGCUACGGAAUCCAACGAGGAAAUCAUUUUCAAACCAAGUAGUAAUUUUCGAAACCAAUUAGAAGUCGGCUGUUCGGUAUCGGUUUGUUCUUCACAAGUCUCACAGAUAUCUUCCAUGAACGUCACAUCAAAUUUAAAGAAAGAAUCACCGACUGAUGAAAAUCUUCGUUUACUUCAACAAAUCAGGCUUCUGCAUCUGCAAGUGUGCAACGUUUCGAAGAUGGUCAACCAAAUAUUCAACACACAAAUAUUAAUAUAUACGUUCUCACAACUGUUAUAUUCUUGUGUAUGUGUCUAUUUCAUAUACAUGGAAACCCGCAGAAGAAAUGAUUUCAUAGGCGCGUUAGCUUUGGAAAUUGUAUACUUGUCGGAUAGCAUACUUAGUGUCCUGAAAAUUGCUGUAAUGAGUAUUGAUUGCGAAUACGCAAUGAGACAGGCGGACAAGACAAUAAGCCUUAUCCACGCAUGCCCUCUGUAUCGUGAAAGCACGGAAUUAAAAAACGAGACCCUUCAAUUCCUGUGGCAAAUAUCGUACACACAGCUUGAAGAUACAAAAUCAGUUCAUUAUGUAUUGAACUACAACUUUGUUCGUAACUGUUUCUACUUCGUAUUAACUUAUUUGGUGAUCAUGGUACAAUUAAGUCAAAACUUGAUUUAA